GAAGCCUUUCAUUUCAACUACAACGAUGUUGAUACUUCUACUCCUCCUCUUCACCUUCCUCAGCCCUAGUUUCACCUUUGUCGACUCCUUCAAUUUCUCAUUCCCUUCCUUCAACUCCGGAAGCUGCACCAAUGGCGGCAACUUGAUUUGCAGUGUCUCCGCCACUGCAAGCAAUGGGACUUUGAACGUGAAGUCGGAUCACCAACAACAACAGCCGAGAGAUCCACCGCCGAUAAACCAGAUCGGACGGGUGUUGUAUAAAUAUCCGGUGAUCGGAUGGCCGGCGUCUAUACGCACCACUUUCAGUAUUAGGAUACUGACUGACUGACCCCAAGGAUUUGGUGAUGGAAUGGCGUUUGUUCUGGUUCAGGAUCGUGCACCCUCUCCUCCCAACAGCUUUGGCUGUUUUCUUGGUAUCUUUGAUCAGUCUACUCAAGGUGUAGUUCAUCAACUUGCAAUAGAGUUCGACACGUACAAGAAUGAAUUCGACCCGGAUGAUAACCACAUCGCAAUUGACACCGUAAGCGUACAAAACCCGGAUGCGGUGAAGAGCCUCAACAGCACCGGAAUAUAUCUCAAGACGGGUAGAGAAAUAACGGUUCGGGUCGAAUAUAAUGGGUGGACCAAGAAUCUUCAGAUUUUUGUCGGGUAUAAUGGGGAUCCACUAGUGAGCUUUCUCAAUCAUACAAUGAAGUUGCGGCAUACAGUUCCUAGCCCUGUUUACGUGGGCUUCACAGCCGCCACAGGUACCCAAUUAUUUAUACUAAAUGCAUAUUUUUUUUUUUCAUUUUCCAAAUUCUAAUUAUUUCAUGAAAUAGUGUUUUGGAAAAUAUGAUUUUAGAUUUCAAAAAUCACCACAAGAAAUCAGUUUUUUAGAGACAAAUUUAUUUUGUCCCUAAAAAUGGAAUAUUUAUUGGGACAAAAGCCAACAAAUUUCCUCCCUCACAGAGUUAGUCCGAAAUGGUCCGUAUGAAAAAGCCAAAACUUGAUUAUUAGAGACAAAAUUUUACAUUGGCCACUAUAAAUAGAUUUUUUGAGACAAAAUAUAUGGUUGUAAAAAGUUUUGGCCUAGCAAUUACUCUUCAUCAACCGUCUCGGCGUUCAUACUUUUUGGCCCAAACAUGCUUCCCAUUG